ACUGAUCACUCCAUCCGUACGGUGUUCGUUACCAUGGCGACGUUGUGGAGUGUCGUUUUAGGUGUGGCAUUGUUGACGGUCCGCUCGGUGCAGGGUCAAGGAUGCGGCGAACGUAAGGUGGAUUACGCAAAGCUGAUCUUGGGCGGGGAGGAUGCCAUCUCGGGCCAGUGGCCAUGGCACGCGGCCAUCUUCCAUCGGAUCGAGCGUACGUUCACGUACCAGUGCGGUGGUGCCAUCAUCAACCAGAACACCAUUCUAACCGCCGCCCAUUGUGUGCGGCUUAACGUUGGUGUCAUCCCGGUGGACCGGUUGUCGGUGCAGGUAGGCCGAACGUAUCUGUACGCAGCGGAACGGCAUACGCAGGAGCAUCAGGCCGAUCGGAUCAUCGUGCACGAGGAGUACAGUGCGGCACUGGUGCGUCACGAUAUUGCCCUGAUCAAGCUAGCGACGGACAUCAAGUUCACGGAGUACGUGCAGCCCGUCUGCUUGUGGGAACGUUCGAAGGUGGACAUUGGGCUGCUGAUCGGGCGCGUCGGCACGGUGGUUGGUUUCGGUAUUACGGAAAUUGGCGAGGUGGCCGAUCGGUUGCGUGUGGCGUACAUGCCCAUCGUGGACACCCAGACGUGUCUCGAAAGCAACCGCAACCUGUUCGGUCGCGUCCUGUCGAGGAAUAUUUUCUGUGCUGGGUUCCGUAAUGGAACCACGGUUUGUGGGGGUGAUAGUGGUGGUGGCAUGUACUUCGAGAUCGAGAACCGUUGGUACGUACGGGGGAUCGUUUCGUUCAGCGGACAGAACUGCCAGUCGGCCGAUUACGCCGGUUUCAGCGAUGUGGCUACGUAUCUCGACUGGAUCAACCGGUACACGAGCGGCACACAGAGCAGCCCGUACUCGAGCACCGUCAUCGACAACCAGCGCUUGCUGGCGUUGGAUGUGUGCGGUGUGAACAGCUACCCAUCGACACCUGAAGAUGCGAAACCCGUUUUUCAAGGCUAUCCCUGGUUGGGUGUGAUCGAGUAUCAGCAGAUCGGAACCGGACAGCGGCGUGUACUGUGCCAGGCGACGCUCAUCACUCUGCGAUACGUUCUAACGGCGGCACAGUGUGUUUCCCUGCCAACGAAUUCUUACCAAAUUGUUGCCGUACGUUUGGGUGAGUUUGACACGGUAUCCGACCCGGACUGUGCUAUUGUCGAGGGCAGGAGACAAUGUCAGUCUCCGGUGCAAACGGUACCAAUAGAGGAGAUAAUCGUUCAUAAUGGUUUCAACAAUCCAGCGUUUGCCAACGAUCUAGCGCUCAUACGCCUCCGGCAGCAGGCCAACGUAUACCAGGAAAACAUCAAGCCGAUCUGCCUGCCGUUCUCAACCGCACUGAAGUCUCACAAGCCAUCGUACUACAUUCGCACUGGGUGGCUGGCACGAAGCACCAGCACCUUUCUGUACCGCAGUUUUCCAAGUUCGAUCGAAUCGGUCGGCUGCCAGGACGCGUACAAUGAUCAGGAUGUACCGCUGGAAAAAACUUACGGCCAGAUUUGUAUCCGUCGGGACAAUCCAUCCUCCGGGGCUUGUACGUUCAACAUGGCUGCCACCCCACUGCAGUCGGUGCAGUUGGUUGGCCCUAGCGAGCGGUACGUGCUGUACGGGUUGCUUUCCUUCGGGCCCAAGCAGUGUCUCGAAACGUACCCAGACGUGUACACGGCCAUCGCACCGUACGUGGAUUGGAUUGUUUCAAACCUUAAGCCAUAA